AUGGGGCUUACAUCCCAUACUACACUCUUCCCUGUGCUGCUUUUAUGCCUAGCACUCUACUGUACCCCAGCUGCCGCCUUUGGUGCCGGCAACAUCGCCAGUAUCUCCAAGAUCGAGGGUCAAAACUGGCGCCAUGGUGAUCUCGAGGACACGCUUCUGCAGCUCUUCCUGGCGGCCGGCGCUGCCGGCGGUCAACGACGCAAAUUCAGCAACAUGGACGUGAAGCGAAUUUACUUCGGAAACUGGCUGCGCGACUACUCUCAGGCCAUCGACACCGGUGCGCUCAAGUACGUCGAGGCCGAGACUGUGCGGAUUCUUCUCUGGGUUCUGUCGUUUAUGACUUUCGGAUACGCGACCCGCGAGUUCGAGGUUACUGCUGAGCGCUUGGGAUGUUACCGCCCCGAAGAGCAUAUCGAUAACCCCAAGGACUACAACGACAACAACGAUGCCAGGGAUAUGCACUCAGCUCUCCGCGGGCCCGUUGACGAGGAAGUGGAGCUUGCUAUCGAUCCCGAGACCGGACUGAAGAACUACAUCGCAACCGAGGGCAGACGGCUCUCGAACGUUGCAGCCCAGAUGUUGAGGUCUCUGUUUUCGCGGUCCAUCGCGCUAGGACGCCAGUACGCUCGGAAUGGUAGGGAAGAAGACCUCUUUGAGGCUUUUCGAUUGAUGGGAACCGGACUGCAUUGUAUUGAGGAUUUCAGCGCCCACUCCAAUUACACCGAGCUCGCGCUCAUCGAGCUAGGAGAGUACGACGUCUUCCCUCACGUGGGUGCCAACACCAUGGUCAACGUUCAGGGCAGAGAAAUCUGGCCUCUUGUUACUGGUACUUUCGGUGGUGUCGACUUCUUGCACUCGGUUUUGGGCGAGGUCAACGACAAGGCAUUGCAGAGCGAGAUUUCACAGCUCGAACACACCAUCUCCGAGGCCCAGCAGACUGGACAGAGCGAUGACGAGCAGUCCAUUAUUCGCGAUCUGAUGAGCAAGCUCAACAUCGGCGGAAAGGACGACAUCGACAGCAAGACUUCUGAGCUCAAGCAGAAGUCUGAUGCCCAGAAGGAGGCUACCGAGAACGGCUCGCCCUUUGGCCUCUCGCAGGACGCCAAGCAGCUCGGAAAGGACAUAUAUCCCUUCCUUGAGUUCCACGACGAGUUGAUGCGCAGCAUUAACCAAGCCCUCGAGAGCGUCGGAUUGGACAUGGUCAUGGAGAAGCUUGCCGAAGCUGUCUCUGUCUUUGUCUUCUGCCUGUUGGCGCCUUAUAUCCUACCAGUCAUCAAGCAAGCCAGCAACGAGCUGAAGACCGGUAGCAGUGAAGUUAUUGCCUCCUCGGAGGCCCAGCAGCACAUCGUGUUUGAUGACGACAACUCCAGCAACCCCACCCACUCCAUGCUGUCUAAGGAUCACUUCACCAACCUCCUCAACGAGCCAGCCGGAAAGGUCGCCUCGGCAGUCCUUAAAUUCGCCGUUCCCCUUCUCAUGAAUGCCUGGGACGACGAAGGAAUUGACCCCAACCAGGUCUGUGACGAGAUCAUCGGCGGUGUCUUCCACCAUCCCGCUUUCCGCAACGGCGAGGACGGACGUCCUGGUGUUGAGGGACGCCAGAUGAUGUUCGCGGUUGUCGAGGAAUGGUGGAGCUCUAAGGAUUCGCACCAGCAGGAGGAUCUGCGCGCUCAUCUGUCACGCGACGGUGUUCAGCAGGGAAAGAACCACAAGGCGGGAGCUCACGACUCCGGCCACGGAUGCGGUGCACCCAUCCACCGCAGCAAGCCUAAGAACCGAGGCGGUGACAUCGGUGGAGCCGUCGGCGAAUCUGUCGGCAUGGCUCUGGAGAACGCACUCAGCGGCGGCAAGAAGGGCGGUGACAGUGGACUCGGCGGCAUGCUUGGCAGCCUUCUCGGCGGCGCAAUCAGCCAGCGCCUCGGCGAGAGCGGCAGUGGCGGCGGCAGCGGCGGCGGACAAUCCCGCUCAGAGUCCUACUCCUCCCACCAAGAGUCCUACUCCUCCUCCCGGCAGGAGUACUCCAGCUAUGAACAGACAUCGUCAUACGGUGGUGGUGACGAGCGCUCCUCCUACUCUACACGUGAGUCGUAUGAAACCCCCGAGUACUCACGCACCACUGAACGCUACCGCGAAAGUGGGCGCGAGCCAGAAGAAGAAACACGGUACGAAAGCAGACGGGAAUACGAGCCCAGUGACCAGCCCUCAUGGGAAUACGACGACAGCGGACGGCAAGAUGGCUACAUGCGGCCGGAGCGAUCUUACGAGCAACCGGAGCGUUCCUACGAGCAGCCGGAGCGCUUAUACGGGCAGCAGCAGCAGUACUCUGAUGGGCGCGAUGGCGGGCGGGGCCGCGACGUCGAGUAUUCUUACGGCGGUGAGCGGCAGGAUUACGGCGGCGGC